ACACACACACACAGAGACAGAGAGGAAUGCUGCUGGAACUUUCCGGCAGAGGCGGCGGCGGUGGGCGUGGUUGUGGUCGGAGCAUAUAAACAGCCGGGACACAGGACAUCAGGCAUCCAGACAGACAACCUCCAAACUGAAGCAACUGAUCUGCUCUGAAACCUCCUUCACCAGGAUGUUGUGUCCCAGCGUCUUCCAGUCAUCCCCCGUCACCAUGAGGCCUUUCCUGGACCUGCACUGGCCCGUCCGCAGCCUGUGGCCCGAGACCCGGCCGCUCUUCUACCAGAUAGAACAGGAGAUGAUCCGCCACAUGCAGGAGAUGAGGCAGAACAUGGAGUACAUGGAGAGGCUGCACCAGAAGAUCUUCGAUGAGAUCGACCACACCUCCUCCUCCUCCUCCACGGCGGUCUUCAAGCCCAUCACCUUCCAGGAGCUGGGGAGGGACGGCAGCAGCUUCGCCCUCAGCCUGGACACCAAGGAGUUCUCCCCAGAGGAGCUGUCGGUCAAACAAGUGGGCCGGAAACUGAGGGUGAGCGGCAAGACGGAGAAGAAGCAGGACGACGGGAAGGGCUCCUACUCCUACAGGUGUCAGGAGUUCAGGCAGGAGUUCGACCUGCCAGACGGCGUUGACCCCGAAACUGUCACCUGUUCGCUGGUGGGUGGCCGGCUGCAGAUCCAGGCGCCCAGGGAGAGACCCGCUAAUGACGGAAAGGAGAGGAUCGUCCCCAUCAGCGUCACCUCCACCCCGGCCAUCACCACCACCACCUCCUCCUCCAGCGGGGGGCCGGAGGGCACCUGCACCUCCCCCUCAGAGAGCAGCCCUGCUGACAAAAACUGAAAACAGACUGAUCUUUGUUGUGUGGUUUUACUGGACGUGACGGAUGGAGAUGUUCUCAGCCUGCACUUUGAUUUUUAACUGUUUCUAAUAAACUCUUCACAUUAUGUUUCAAGUGUCUGAGAAUUUCUAAAUGUUUUCCCUUUUAAAUCUCCUCUAAUAACACACUUUAAUAGACUUGCUUUUAUGUGAGGUUCUGCUUUAUUUAGUUUUAGUGUUUAAUUCUGUAUUAUGUCCUGUUUAUUUUAGAUGUUCUCUCGUUUUAUUUUACUUUAAGCUGCCUGUUUCUUUGGUGUGAUGUCAUCUCUCUAAUUCUUUAAUUCUCUAAGUUUUCUGAUUUUUAAUUUUAACCUUCAAUUUUAUUCUUUAACUUUUAAUUUGCCUAGUUCCGUUGUUUGAUAUGAGUGCUAAUCUAGCUAAUUAUUCAUUUAAUUUAUUAUCAUUUUUACUAUUUAUUUUAAUUGACUGAUCUCUUGCUUGGUUGUCUGUGUUGCAUGUUUUGACUGUCAAAGUGCUUUGUGAAUGCUGUUCUUAAGGGUCCUAUAGAAAUAAAGUUAUUAUUUUUAUUAUUAUUGAACUUCUGAAAUAGUUUCUUAAAAUCGCAAAAGCACAGAGGGAAGCAUCACAGCAAUUCCUAACAUCAUGUUGGAUUUAAAAUUAUUUUAUACCUUUUGGAUUUCUUUGUCUUAGGUUCAUGAAUAAAUUACAACUAACUGUUAAUAAUAACAAGUAUAUUUAAUGACCCACUUCAGAAACUGUUCAUGUUUAUGUUAAUACUUGUUUUACUACUAACCUGACAUCUUUCUUACUGUUCUGCAUAUCUUCACUAACAUUUAAGAGUAAGUUGUUAGUUGGCGAUGCAAAUUAAUUCACAUGUACAACAUUUAUUCAAAUAAAAAUGUUACUUAUU